UAAAAACAACAAUAAUUAGCAGUAAUUCAGUCAAGUAGCACACUGUCAAACUGUGGUUUAUUUCCACUUCUUCUAAUACAAAAGAACACACAUAUCUGCAUCCCGUUAUUCUUGCCGCUAUGAAACCCAUGUGGAUUCUUCUUCUGCUACAAUACAUCGGAGCAAACAGCCAGGAUGUACAAGGAAGCGCCGCAAUAUUAGCCAACAACAGUCAAUCUAGCAACAGCGGACCAACUCCAGAGAUUAGCUCAACCAUCUUACUUGGACAAGCACCGGAAGUGCGAAGUGGCAAUAGCACUCCAGCAGUUUCUGCUUCGGCAAACCUAACGUCGUCGAAUACAUCGCAAGUCGCGGCACUAACAAACAUCGCGCCAUCGCCCACACAAAAAUGCGGAAAAGAUUUCUUCCUGAAAAUUAUUAAUAACCAAUCGUACGUGCAGAUGACCGGUAAAUCGGACAAGGACUGGGAACUGUCUACAUCGCAUUUCCAUGCCUUCACGACGUGGUUUCAGUCACCACAAGAGGAGACGGUUGAUUAUUUGACAUCGACCGUGCAGUUCAAGGACGGUCCCACUGUUGAGCCCGGUGCCAUCCACACGCAGCUCAGUGAAGCGUCGAAAAGGGUCAUCCGCACUAAUUUUCCAACGCAGAAACUCCACGACGGCAAUCUCUUACUGCGGACAAAAUUCGAGACGAUCAUUGCUACCUGUGUUCCGGAGUCAGACUUGAAAACGAAAACACCUGAGUCGGCUUAAUAUUGUAUCGAAAUUUUCACUGGGAACACUGGAUUUCGUUUUUCUGUAUGAAUGUCAGCACACAGCUAAGCAAAUAUGUAAAAAACUGUGUGUAAGAUGGAAACGUGCGUAUUUUUGGAUGCUUUGACCAGUGAUGGCAGUCUGGCGGGAUAAUGGCUUCUUCGCCUAUUGUGAGCGACAUUAUCACGUCACAAAUUACCGGUAUCUGCUUCUAAGCAGAUGUUGCGCCAGGAAGCAGUUUACUGAACUUUACCGGCCUAGUCAAAUUAACAAGGAUCA